AUGGGUGUGCAGGGUGGGUUUGUGCCCAGUCUAAAGCCAAAGCUCCGUGUUUCAGAGUCCCGUCGUCGGACCAUCUACGAAUAUCAUCGUGUGGAGCUGGACACCAGCAAGAUCACCAACAUGUCAGCUGUGGAGUUCACCCCACUGCCCACUUGUCUCCAGCAUCAGAGCUGUGAAAUGUGUGUGACCUCGGAGCUGACCUUCAACUGCAGCUGGUGUCAUGUCCUGCAGAGAUGUUCCAGUGGCUUUGACCGGUACCGUGAGGAGUGGCUGUCCUACGGCUGUGGCCUGAAGUCAGAUGAGAAGACCUGUGAGGAUUUAGCAGAAGGUGACCACUAUUCAACACCUCCCGACAGCUCUUCCUCACCGCUGGAUGAGGAUGUCCCCACCUCCACGUCCUCACUCUUCAUUGACAGCCUCACUACAGAAGAUGAUACGAAGCUCAAUCAGUAUGCAGGGAGCGAAGGUAUGGGAAGCAGCCUUCCUUCCAAGAAAGCAGGUGCCCCGAUUCACACAGGUACCAUCGUGGGGAUCGUGCUGGCCGUGUUGCUCAUUGCAGCUAUUAUCCUUGCUGGGAUUUACAUCAACAGCCACCCCACCUCCAACGCUGCCCUGUUCUUCAUUGAGCGAAGGCCACAUCGCUGGCCUGCCAUGAAAUUCCGAAAUCACACCAACCAUGCGACGUACUCAGAGGUGGAGGCGGCCAGCCAGGAGAAGGAAGGCUUUGUCGAAGCAGAACAGUGCUGA